UUACUGGCUUGCCCCUCAGGCUUGUUCAGGCUGCUUUCUUACAAUAGAACCCUGUAUUACAGCACAGAGAUGGCCCCACCCACAGUGGUCUGGACCCUCCCACAUCAAUCAAUAAUUAAGAAAAUGCCCUAUAGGCUUUCCUGCAGCCUGAUCUUAGGGAGGCAUUUUCUUAAUUGAGGUUUCCUCCUCUCAGGUGACUUUAGCUUGUGUCGAAUUGACAUAAAAACCAGCUAGCACAUCAAGUUAUAUAGAAUAAAUAACUAUUAUAAAAGGUACUUAACAGCACUUAAAAAUCUUAAGGGCAACUUGAGUAAAAAAUGUUGCAGCAGUCUCAAGCUGAAAUUUAUUCUACUUAGUGCCAGAUUGUCCUUCCCUUCCCCAACUGAAGACAGGAGUUUGUUAUGUAGCUCAGGCUUGACUUCAACUCUUGAUCCUCCUGCCUCAGCUCUAAGACUACAGGUAAUGUGCUCCUAUGCCAAGCAGGUAUUUCAAAUGGCUGUAAAAGGCUCACUGAGUUUUGUAGAGUUUGCCACCUGAUGAAGGUGCCAGGAACUGUAUUCUGGUCCUCUGGAGGAGCAGUAUGCAUACUAUACUACUGACCCCUGUCCCCAGAUCCAGCACAGCCUUUCUUAAGAAAGCCCUUCCUAGUGUAGAAAGCCUAGAGUUACAUUUCUGAGUUAAGGAUGUCCCGAGCUGUCAUCAUCAAAAGCAGAGGAGGAGAUAAUGAAAGGGCCAGGAAAAAGAACUAGUAAGUUGUGGUGGUUUGAAUGAAAAUGGCCCCCUUAAGAUCAUAAGAAUUGGCGCUGUUAGGAGGUGUGGCCUUGUUAGAGGAAGUGUGACAUUGUUGGAGGAAGUAUGUCACUGGGGGUGGGGCUUUGAAGUCUCAGAUGCUCAAGCCAGGCCCAGUGUGGCAUUCUCAGCUACCUCUACAGCACUAUGUCGGCUUGCAUGCCACCGUGCUUCCCACCACGACAAUAAUGGACUAAAACUCUGAGCUGUCCACCAGCCCCAGUGAAGUGUUUUCCCUUGUAAGAGUUGCUAUGGUCAUGGUGUCUCUUGACAGCAGUAAAACCCUAUUGCAGAAGUGUUCUUCCUUUCUAAAAUAUAUCUUCAUUCCUUUGCAAAAUCGUUUUCUUCCACUGGACCAAGAGGGAUAGGGAUAGAAAGGGCAGGAGUCAGUGUGUGACUGAGGCCUCUCUUGGAAAGGACUCUUCCUUCAUUCAGGGUCACUUCACUGAGCCAUUUGGGAACCUGCUAGGUGGGUUUGUCUGAUGUGAUCUGACAACCUAUGGGUACCCUGUCAACGUGCCAAAAAACUCAAGUGCCAGUCUCAAGCUAAGUUUCUAAAGUGACAGUAGGAGAGACCCCUUGGGUUUGUUCUGUAUUAGUGAAAUUUUCUAAUUAUAAAAGGAAAAAUGGCCAGGUACUUUAGGACAUGCCUGGAACCCUGGCACUCAGAAAGCUGAGGCCACAUCAUGAGGAUGAGUCUCAAUUCAUAAAAAGGAAAAUAUGCUGAAAAUCAGGGGCUAGGAGAAAGGUACUUUUAAUUCCACUACGAAGAGAAAAUUUUAAUGAUUUGGACAUCUCUUGCCAACUAGUUUUUUAAAUCCAGUUGAGAGAGAUGGGAGUUGGGGGGUGUUGUAUAAUGUUUUAUAGAAUACAAAAACAUUUUCUCUAAGUAAUUUAGAAGUAUUUAUAGGGCUGGGAAGGUGUCUCAGUGAUGGACUGAUUGUGUAGAAUACUCAAAGGCCCUGUGUUCAGUCCUCAACUCUACCACCACAACCACCCCUAAAAGAAAGAGAAAAGAAAACCAACUAAACAAACAAAAGCCCUAAAUGUGUUUAAGUAUGGCUUUAAAUGGCAGCAUAAUAUUUCAUUUGACAUGAACUCGUAUUCAGUCUGUCUGUUGUGUGUAGCUGCGUUGUUCAAAUAUUGAAGUUUCUUGUUUGUUCUUUUGCAACCUAAAGUUUCAGUAGACGUCUCUGUGUAGCAACUGCAUACUGUGCUUUGUCUAGGGCCCUGGGCUCGCUGCCUGGCAUGCCUUUGUGCCUAUUUCAGCUUGUCAUUCUUACAUAGAAAAUGAGGUUGCACUUUUCUUACAGUCCAUAUUUAGUCAAGGACAGUGUGGCCACCUUAGUGUUCUUGCUCACUUGUCUGCUGUGCUUCCAGUUCUCUUCAGCAGUACGUCCGCACUAAAGCACUUCUCUUCAGGUUACUUGGGAAAGCGGGCUGUUUGGAGAUCCACCAAGGUGUAAGCCGGCGGUUGGUGGGUCUCUUCCUUUACAUGUUGACAUGGUUUGGUGAGCAGCGUAAAUGGCACUUUGCUAGCUUGCUUCUUUCCAUGCCUGUCCUUCGUACAUGCCGAUCAUAUCCACGCCUCUUUCUAGUAAUAGAUCAAGUUCUUAACAGUGGUUUUGUGGUGUAGAGUAUAAUGUCAUUUACCAUAUGGGAACCCUUGGGAGAUGGAGUAUGCUCCACUGUAUGCUAGUGGCCUUGAACCGGGGCAUUGCUGCAGUCAAGGAAGAUGCAGUAGAGAUGCUGGCCAGCUAUGGGCUGGCGUAUUCUCUGAUGAAGUUCUUCACGGGACCCAUGAGUGACUUCAAGAAUGUGGGCCUGGUGUUUGUGAACAGCAAGAGAGACAGGGCCAAAGCUGUCCUGUGCAUGGUGGUGGCCGGUGCCAUUGCUGCAGUCUUCCACACCCUGAUAGCCUACAGUGACUUAGGGUACUACAUCAUCAACAAGCUACAUCAUGUGGACGAGUCUGUGGGGAGCAAAACACGAAGGGCCUUCCUGUAUCUCGCUGCCUUCCCUUUUAUGGAUGCCAUGGCGUGGACUCAUGCUGGCAUUCUCUUAAAACACAAAUACAGUUUCCUGGUGGGAUGUGCCUCAAUCUCAGAUGUCAUAGCUCAGGUUGUGUUCGUAGCCAUUUUACUUCACAGUCACCUGGAAUGCCGAGAGCCGCUGCUCAUCCCCAUCCUGUCUCUGUACAUGGGUGCACUUGUGCGCUGUACCACGCUGUGCCUGGGCUACUACAGGAACAUCCACGACAUCAUCCCUGACAGGAGCGGCCCAGAGCUGGGGGGCGACGCAACCAUAAGAAAGAUGCUGAGCUUCUGGUGGCCUCUGGCUCUGAUUCUGGCCACGCAGCGCAUCAGCCGGCCCAUUGUCAACCUCUUUGUGUCCCGGGAUCUUGGUGGCAGUUCUGCUGCUACAGAGGCAGUGGCCAUUCUGACAGCUACCUACCCCGUGGGUCACAUGCCAUAUGGCUGGUUGACAGAAAUCCGUGCUGUCUACCCUGCUUUUGACAAGAAUAACCCCAGCAAUAAACUGGCCAACACGAACAACACGGUCACCUCGGCCCACAUCAAGAAGUUCACCUUCGUCUGCAUGGCACUGUCACUGACGCUCUGUUUUGUAAUGUUCUGGACCCCCAACGUCUCUGAGAAGAUUUUGAUAGACAUCAUUGGAGUGGACUUCGCCUUUGCAGAACUCUGUGUCAUUCCUCUGCGUAUCUUCUCCUUCUUCCCAGUGCCAGUGACUGUGAGAGCUCAUCUCACUGGAUGGUUGAUGACACUUAAGAAAACCUUUGUUCUGGCACCCAGCUCCGUGCUGCGGAUCAUCGUCCUCAUCACCAGCCUUGUGGUUCUGCCUUACCUGGGGGUGCAUGGAGCCACACUAGGUGUGGGCUCCCUUCUAGCAGGGUUUGUGGGAGAGUCUACCAUGGUUGCCCUCGCAGCAUGCUAUGUGUAUCGGAAGCAGGUGAGAAGCGAUGCUAACCGCUUUGGGGACAACCGGGACCUCUCUGCCUCCACAAGUAAUUUCCCUCAUCAGCUCUCCUCCAGGAAGUCUGUUCUCAUCCUGCUUGGCCACCCUAUCCCUUCCACACCACAUGACUCCAUGUCAUGAAAGCACAGAGCCAGUCUGUCCUGAAGGCAGAGCUUUUCAAACUGCAAUGGGAAAUAUUUUUUCCUCUCCAUGAUUUGAGUUCUCUGGGAUCAGAAACCCUGUUUCUUAUGUGGUUAACCAGGGAGUGGAGACAGAUGACAGGGGCCCACGGCAGAGCCCGGAUGUGUAUUCUUUUAGGCUGUGGGGACAAAGAAGGCAACAAAACUGUUAAGAGACAGAGACAGACGGUGGAAUUCAUUGUGAAGGGUGGCUUUGAGGGGUAAAGGAGACCCUGCCCAUGUGCCCCAUGGCUGUUGGGGGUCAGGAGAAAAGGGUAAAAAUGUUGAAGGCCAUAAGUAAUGGGCAGAAGGCUAUAAAAGGAAACUUCAGAAAACUAAUUAAAGUGGGGUAAAGUCCAGCGCAGUGUUUGCCCUGGAGACUGACCCAAUGAACGGGAUACUCACUAGUGGGAGGAGGGACAGCACAGCCAACUGACCAGUGCACACGGAAGGGAGUGGGCCGCUCAGAUGGGAGCCUCCACUACACUUGGGGACAGUCAUGGAGCUCUCAUGCUUGCUUGUGCUUGGGUCGUUAGGUCAGACACCAGGCUGUCCCUGAGAAGGGCCACAGGAAGGCUAGCAGACAGAGGAAGCCAGAGAGCACCAAGCAGGGGAAACGCAGGGUUGAAAGCCCUGCCACAGAGGAAAUGGCUCCCUGCAGUGGGCACUACAGCCCAGGCCUGCUUACGGGUCCCACUGAGGUCCAGGUUUAAUCUUGUAACAGGACUCAAGAAAAGCAAGGAAGGACAUGACUGUAACUGCUGGGCAUUACAAUUAAGCCAAUACGGGAGGGUGAGAGGGUCCAGAAGGCUGAGCCACAGGAGCACAGACAGAGCAGUGCUGGGAAUCAGGUCCUGAAGAGAGAGUGCUGGAAGAGGUUGCCAUUUUCUGCAACAGCCUGUAUGGCAGCAGCAUGACAAGGCCAUCAGGAACAAGGAUAUGCAAUCAACAGGACAGAGUGAAGCCAGAGCUGUCACAGGGGACUGACUAGAGAAUAAGAUUCAAAGCUUGUGGCUUGGGGGCUGGGGCUUAGGAGCUGGGAGGAACAAUGCCUCCAUUUGAAAGGGCUGUAGGGAGCUGGUAUCCCAGGCUACAUUCCAAAGAGGUGAGGGACAGAGUCCCCCACAGUACCUAGCACACAACAGGUAUGGUAACAACCACACAGUAAAAGGCACAUAUUGAGCUAGAUUCAACUUGGACAUAAAGGGGACUCCCGCUCACAGUAGUGUGGUGGUGUGUCCUGUCCACAUCCCCACAGGGGACUCCUACUCACGGUAGUGCUCUGACCUGUCUUCUUUUAUCUAGAAAAAGAAGAUGGAGAAUGAGUCAGCCACCGAGGGGGAAGACUCGGCCAUGACCGACAUGCCUCCAGCAGAGGAGGUGACAGACAUCGUAGAGAUGAGAGAGGAAAAUGAGUAAGCACGGGCCACCAGGGGCACUACAGGGACAGUCAGGACAACAGUCGUCUCUUCCCUCCUCCUCCCACCAAGUUGUUUUCUGUUGUUUAAUUUUUAUUCUUGGUUAUGAAAGAGGCCUUGAUUUAGAGGUUUCGUAUAAAUUCUCUAGCAUACUGGGUAUGCUCACCGAUGCAGGGACCUGAAGAAAGGUCUUUACUGUCGCUUUGUAACUCAGAACUGCUGACUUCAUGCCCCUGCCUCACAAAACCCAAAAGAUAGAGCUGCCUCUUGGCCGACGUUUCUACCCCUUGGACAAUCUCCACUUUGGAACCAAAGGACUUGGGCUGUGCCGCUGCCUCUUGGGCCAGACUCUUUUCCGUUCGUGUUUGUCUCCUAAGAAUCAACAGGUUGAAGCUCAGCCUCUCUUGACUUGCUCCCCAAUAAUGUGGCUCUAAGACACGUGACCCGGUGGCCAUCACACCCCUUUUCACUCUAGAGUCAAGAACUGUCUGCAGCGCCCACUGGUGGGCCCCAGGCUGCAGCCCACAGUCUCCCUGCUCCCAGAGGAAGAGCUGGUAGCCAUGUUGGCCAACAUAAUGGGAAAUUUAAUCUCCUGUAGAAAUUGGAUCAGUCACAAACUGACUUGAUCGCCAGCAUCUCAUUGUUUUCCUGGUUUCGCUGAGUUGCCACGCCCCACAGUGUAUAUACAUGAGCUGACUUUUCCGUUGUCAUGGGAGUGCAGCGCCAGUGUCAGCAUCCUUCCUUCCGCAUGAGUUUCCCUGAAGGCUUGCUUUUACUCGCCUUCCCUGAAGAUGGCACUAGAGUGAGAAGUGGAGCGUUCUAACUGUCCAUUUCCGUUUUUACAGUGAGCAGAGCUUUAAGUCGUAAUCUAGCAUUCUAAUGCCAGGUUCUUGUCUCGUAACUUCUGAUGUAGACGUGUUACCUGCUUCUGCCGUUCAGUUAUAGCUCUGCAGGACAGGUAACAAUAUGGUACUCCCCUCCACACCAUAAAGCAAGACAUUUUAUAAACAAGUAUCAAAGUCACUAUGUGAUACCCCAGAAAUAAUGCAUUGGAAAUCCACUUAGUGCAGUAUAUUUUUCUAAGUUUUGGAAAGCGGGUUUUUUCCUUUAAAAAAAUUAUGGAUACAGUUCACUAAAUUCCUGAUUUAGUCAAAGUAACUAGACUGAAAGAACCUAAACAAAACAAAUAUUUUAAAGAUAUAAAUAUAUGCUGUAUAUGUUAUGUAAUUUAUUUUAGGCUAUAAUACAUUUCCUAUUUUCGCAUUUUCAAUAAAAUGUCUCUAAUACAAUUCA